CCGCCGACCUGUGAUCCGCCGAUGCUAGGCUAGCCGUCUUUAGCUACCGGGAGCGGACAUGUUGUACGGACCCUUCCUCGGGUAAACGUCGCCGUGAGCGGGGGAAUCGGGAGCUGAGGGGAAGGCCCAGGGCGGCGGGCAACCAUGGAGGCCGUCAACGCCUUCAACCAGGAGCUAUUCUCACUGAUGGACUCCAAGCCCCCGAUCUCUCGGGCGAAGAUGAUAUCCAUCACCAAAUCGGCCAUCAAAGCCAUGAAACUCUAUAAACACGUGGUCCAGAUUGUGGAAAAGUUCAUCAAGAAGUGCAAGCCUGAGUACAAGGUAGCGGGUCUGUACGUGGUGGAUUCCAUUGUUAGGCAGUCCAGACACCAGUUUGGAGUGGACAAGGACGUGUUUGGCCCAAGAUUCACCAAAAACAUUACAGGAACCUUUGAGAACCUCUGCCUUUGCCCUGUAGAGGACAGGAGUAAGAUUGUGCGGGUGCUGAACCUGUGGCAGAAGAAUGGGGUGUUCAAGAUCGAGGUGAUUCAGCCCCUCUUGGACAUGGCAGCUGGGUCGAGCAGUGCUGCUGCACCCUUCACAAGCUCAGAUGAGCCAGGUUCUUCUCCACCUCCAGCCAAAGAGCCAGUUACUGUAGUAACGGCAAACUCCACCAUGCCAUCUACUGCUCAGCUGCAAACCUCGGAGGCCUUUGCUGCAGUGGCACAGCUCUUCCAGACGUCACAGGGUCAGCAGGUGAGUUCACUUCAACAGAUUCUCCAGAACUUUCAGCAGCAGCCGGCGAAGCCCGACACCAACACUCUGCCUACUCUCCAUACGAGCCAAACGCAGGCCCAGAACGUCCCCACUAGCCUGGGCAUGGGCACUCCCCUGCCUCCCCUGCCCACCCAGCUCACCCAGCAGCAGAAAACAACCUUUGACAAGAAAUUGCUGGACCGCUUUGACUAUGACGAUGAACCAGAAGUCGGAGAGGAAUCAAGGAAGGACGACCUUGCAUCACAGGCCUCCUUUGGCCAGCAGCCUCCAGUCUUCCCGCAGCACAUGGAGCACUUAAAACCGUCAAUGAUUAACAUGGCGCAUGAUCUCUCACAACAGGCUCUCCCUCCUAAUGGCCAGCUCCAGGCCUAUGGUUUACCUCCAGGACAAAGCUUCCCAGUUAUGAUGCCGCAUAUGGGGCAUGCUCUGCCAGGGCAGCCCCUCCCUGGUUCUACGGGGCCUCCAGGUUUCCCCGUAGUAUUUCCUCACCACAACGCAGCCCAGCAACAACAGGAUAUGUCAGUGGAUACGGACCGUCCAUCUAUGAGGGACGGCAGACAUGUUCAAAGGUCAAACUCAGGCUCCAGGUCUCCAAAGCGGAGGAGGUCACGGUCAAAUUCCCGCACACGACGGUCCAGGCACAGGCGAUCCCGCUCGCGCUCCAGAGACCGGCGUCACCAUUCUCCGCACUCCCGGUCGCUGGAGCGCAGGGAGAGGGAGAAGGAGAGAGAGCGACGACAGAAAGGCCUCCCGCCACCCAAGAGUGAGACGCUAAGCAUUUGCAGUACAACUCUGUGGGUGGGCCAGCUGGACAAGAGAACACAACAGCAAGAUGUCGCCUGUUUACUGGAAGAGUUCGGGCCGAUAGAAUCUAUCAAUAUGAUCCCUCCACGUGGCUGUGCCUAUAUUGUCAUGAUACACAGGCAAGACGCUUUCAGGGCUCUACAGAAGCUCGGCAGAGGUUCUUAUAAAGUUAACCAGAAAGCCAUCAAGAUUGCUUGGGCUUUGAACAAGGGCAUAAAGGCUGAGUUUAAACAGUACUGGGACGUGGAGCUGGGUGUAACCUACAUACCGUGGUCUAAAAUCAGAGAGGACCAAUUGGAAGAGCUAAAAGAAGGAGGGGUACUGGAUGUAGACACCUUAUCACCAGCGUGGAGUGGAGCAAGGAUAUCUCUCGACCAAUCGGAAGAACUCACCCACAACGGGCGUUCAGAGCAGCAGCAGCUCGAGGACACGCAGACAUUACCUGUCACAGCUGCUCCUCCUGCACAGGUCCCUCCAAUGCAGCAGCCCAUGGUCGGCGUGGGGCCUCUGCAGCCUCCUGUCUUCCCCGGUCCCAUGGGCAUGCCCCCGCCAUCAUUCCCCCCAGGUGUCCCCCCUCCACCUUUCAUCAGACCCGGCUUCAACCCCAUGCAAAUGCCUCCAGGUUUCCCUCCCCCAGGUUCCAUGUCUCUUGGUCCCCCACCUCCUUCCAAAGGUGGAGUUGAGGACAAAAACCUUGACCCAGCAGGUCUGGGCAACAGGAAGCAGGACGACGUCCCAGAGGGUCCCAACAUCUUCAACAACCAGAUGGGACCUAUGGGUAACCAAGUAGGUGUACCACCAGGCGCUCUUUCAGGUAUUCCUCUGGGUGGACCUCCAGGUGGUCCCCCGGGAAACAUCCAACCGCCCCCUGGUGGCCUGCUUGGUGCACGGCCUGGUAUAAUCCCACUCCAGCGUCCUCCUGGUCCCCCACUACCACACUUGCAGCGUUUCCCUCCACCCCAUGUGGCAAGACCUCCUCACCCCAACAUGCCCCCUAUGCCCCCACAGAUGAUUCCCAGGGGGCCACACCCUCAGAUGAUGCACCACGAGCCCCAUCCACCUAAAGGAGGCUUUGGGAUGCUGCCUCCCCACAAUAUGCGGGCUCCUUUCCCCUCACAUGGUCAUGGCCCUCCUCCCCAAGGUCCCCCUCAAGGUCCCCCUCAAGUUCCCCCUCUUGGUCCCCCUCUAGGUCCCCCUCAAGGUCCUCCUCAAGGUCCUUCUCAAGGUCCUCCUCAAGGUCCUCCUCCUACUUUUAUCAGACCAGGGGCUCCUCAUGGCCAGGAAGGCCCAGAGGAAAUGGAUGGCAGAGCAUUCAGGGGAGACAGGCCUGGAUUCCGGGACCGAGAGCCAGAUAGGGACAGAGACUGGGAUCGGGACAGAGACAGAGACAGAGAGCGAGACAGAGGCUUCGGAGGUGGAAGGCGUCCAUUUGGUGAAGGGGGUAGGGGAGGAGGUGUUGACAGAAUGGAGGGGAGGGAGAGGCUUGGAGGCUGGCAGGAAGAUGGAGGCAAUCACCGGGGAGGAGGCUGGGACAGAGAUCGGGACCGAGAUCGGGACCGUGAUCGGGACAGAGACCGACGGGACUGGAAAGAGAGGCGAAGCAGUCUAGAUAAGGACCGGGAACGAGGGAGGGGUGAUGAUGGGGAGAAGGAUCAGGGGAGGGGGGAAAGGGGAGAAAGAGGAAGGGGAGAGGGAGCGAGUCGAGAAAGAGGGAGAGGAGCCGAAGGAAAAGAAGGGGACAGGCCAAGGCGGUCAGAGCGGCGAGAGAGGACGACGCGGUGGGACAGGGACGAUCGAUUGGCUGAACUGGAAAACAUGGACAGACUUCGGACCUCUAACAGCACAGAGCAACCUUCUGUGACCCCUGAGGCUGCCACGGAAACCAGUAAAGAACCCAGCGUUGAAGCUCCUCAACAAAAGGCAGAGUCAGAACUCGUAGCUUCGGCCCCGGAGGUAGCUGCUGCUGCAAGAGAGCCGGCGCCCGCUGAGCCUCUACCUUCAGCUCAAAGUGAACCCACAGAAACAAAAGAGGAAGCAGCAGCAGCAUCAUCAUCAUCAUAGACUGGCUCAGACUCUUCCUUUAGCCAGAGCCUGCUGUGAACCACUGAAAGAUAACCAAGGUGUUUUUUUCACUCAACUCCUGUCAGAUGAAUUAUAACUACUCACAGUUUGUCAGUUGGUAAUUUGGACAUUUUCUGGGCAAGUAAUGUACUUCUUGAAGAAAGACCACCUCCCACACGUUAUCAAACAGAUGAAAUUGGUGUUUGUAGAAUUUCUGGCUUAGGGUCAAGUUUUUCCUUUGCAUCAGAAAGUCUCAAAACACACAAGCAUAUGAAAAUCCCUUUGGGGAAAAAUGGCUGCAGAAAUACAUUGGCUGUCACCACCUACAUGUUUCUCCUUCUGGUAAGUUGUAAGAAAGAAUAUGGAGUCGGCUCGGUCCAUCCGAGUUUAACGUGAGCGUAGCUUUUUAUGUUUUUACUCCCAACAGGAAACAAAUGAGUUCUAUCACACAAAUGUACUUUUUACUUCGCAGCCUCGUCUAUGUGUAAGCGGGCACUCCUCCUCAACAUGGUUAAUAUCACUAUUCAUUUUUAAAUGUUUUUCUUUUUUUUUUCAAUUUGCCAAAAUGUAAAAUGUCAAACACUGAAUAUCUUAAGCAAUCCUAUUAUAAAAGAAGCACCAUUUAUUUUUUCUUUUCAUCUUGUUUUUCUAGUCAGCCAUUAAGGCAACAACUUUUAAAGGAUUGUGGUGGCCUUACAAUUUCCAUCAAGUUAUUUGAUUGGAUGGAAAAGGGCAUAUGUAAAAGAAGAUAAAAAACUUUCUACCAAACACUAUCCUGUAAAUUAGGAAUCCUGGACACAUGCAAAGUUACUGGCCAAUACCCAAAUCCUAUUUCAAUUCAUUGUUCUAAUUGUGUUGGGUCUCAGUACUAAUGUACUUAAAAAAAUUCAAACACAGAUCAUAUUAGACGCUGAGUUUAUUCUCACCAGAUCUCUAAAUUUAACUUGGCAAUUAAACCCAAUUCAUGCUGAAAAAAUUUUGGGAUUUAAGGAUGCUUCACGCGGGCACGCACGCAAGUUCUCAUGAAAACCUAUUCAAUCAUAUUGUUUGUUGGCAGAAACAUUGGACACAUGCAAAGCACAGUCGAGGUUGAAAGCCUUUAAAACGUACGUUUUCACAGUUAUAUUUCUUUUGCUUAACCGACGUUGCGACUGAUCGGCCGAGAGGAAUUUCAACAUUAUCGUACACAAAAAAUAAGAAUGAAAUGAAAAGUGGAAGUCCAGGUGCACUGGGGCAAAUCUCCCUUGGAAUAUUUAUGGAGCAAACAAAUUAGAUGGUGUUGGAAACUUGGACAGAGAGAGAGAAAUUGCUGUACAAAAAUAAAUUGAACUACAUCCAUUUUUUUCUACCCAGACAGAAGUUUAAAAACAGCUUUUCAUCUUGGUUUCUGUUAAAUGUUUAGAUAGUAAUUUUUUUCCAUAACUAACAUCUACAACCUAAAAAGUAGGAAAAUUCUGAAAUGUGUACACUUUUUUCUGAUAUCUAAAUUUAAUACACAGGCCUAAAGGUAAUCCAACCCCUGUCAAGUAUUUUACUCCAUCAACAAUGUGCAAAGAUUCAGGUGCUUGUUUUGGCUUUUUGAGCAUUUUGUAAGUGACCAGACAGACUUGAUAACCGUUUUGUUUAUGAGGGUCAUUUCCUGUGUUGAAGGAAGGAAGGGGGGCAAUAUCUUUGAUCAGAUAAAAGAGAUGAAUUGUAUUUUCGAAUCCUCCUCUUGUUGUUUCAUGUGUUUCAAGACGAGCUCGGAUAUAAAUUAAUUUUGUCCAUACGAAAAUGCAAAAAAAACGAAACCCUGUUGCUGAAUUACUUUUUUUUGGGCUUUGAUAAACACAGCCUUCAAACUUAGUGUCUGUGUCACUGAAGACAUAUUGUAUCAGAUAUUGAAAAUAUUGGCAACACCUGACGCCCAGAUUCUGCAAUCUCCAAUGUUUUUUUGAAUUUCAAAACACAGACGCCAAGGGCCAAACUAAAGUGAUGAACUGAAGAGUGUUGCUCGUGACACACUGCUGUAAAUAUGCUUGUAACACUGACGCUUCUAAGGCGUCAUGGCAACUGUUGUUUAUAAUGUGUGAUUCGGUUAUUGGAGAGAAAUGGAGUUGACUUUGAAGGAAUAACAGAGGCCCUUUGCUUUAAUGUUUUUAACGCCUCAUGGUUUGAAAGUUGACCGAUGUUUCUAUGAUUUGUUAAGAAAAAACAAAAGACAUGGACAUAAAAUCAUCAAUAUUUCAAUCAUAGGAAAUUGUUUUUAAUAAACUAUUUUUUUACCAAA